CUUCUCCGGGCUGUUGCUCUGGCCCUCCCGCCCCAGGCUCCUAUCUGAUGGCGAAGGCCAGCGCAGACACCGAGGUUCACACCAAAGCAGGUUCCCCUCCUCCAGGUCGGGGUUUCGGAAGCCCAGCUGCAGGGAUAGCCCUCGGACGUCCCCCAGAGCACCGCUCCUGAGGGACCGCUUGCGCGCCAAACUGGCCCUCGAGGGUGGGCCUGGGUGGGCCGGGGACGGGGCUGCCCGGGACCAACCAAUGAACCAGCGGGAGAGAGAGGCCCCGCCCCAGUCCCGCCGGCUCCGGGGCUCCGCUCGCGCAGUCUGGGGAGGCAGCGGCGAGCGCGGUCGGGAUCCCGCACCCCGACCCAGGCUUCGCCGACUAUGGCAGCGUCCGCGCAGCUGCGCGACUGUCAGGCAUGGAAAGAUGCUGGGCUCCCACUCUCCACGUCAAGCAACGAAGCCUGCAAGCUGUUCGACGCCACCCUGACCCAGUAUGUAAAAUGGACCAACGACAAGAGUCUCGGUGGCAUUGAGGGCUGUCUGUUCAAGCUCAGAGCAGCAGAUCCCACCUUUGCCAUGGGCCACGUCAUCUCCAACGGCCUCGUGCUUAUUGGCACUGGAAGCUCCGUGAGGCUGGACAAAGAGCUGGACCUGGCCGUGAAGACAAUGGUGGAGAUUUCAAAAGCCCAGCCACCAACGCCACGGGAACAGCUGCACGUGUCUGCGGUGGAGGCAUUUGCCAAGGGGAACUUCCCAAAAGCCUGUGAUCUAUGGGAACAGAUUCUCCGGGACCACCCAACAGACAUGUUGGCCCUGAAAUUCUCCCAUGAUGCCUAUUUUUACCUGGGCUAUCAGGAACAGAUGCGAGAUUCUGUUGCUCGAAUUUACCCCUUUUGGACACCUGACAUCCCCCUCAGCAGCUACGUGAAGGGCAUGUAUUCUUUUGGAUUAGUAGAAACCAACUUCUACAAUCAGGCAGAAAAACUUGCUAAAGAGGCGUUGUCUGCGGAGCCCACGGACGCGUGGUCGGUGCACACCCUCGCCCAUGUCCACGAGAUGAGAGCCGAGGUGCAGGGCGGGCUGGACCUCAUGCAGCGCUGGGAAGCCCACUGGAAGGACUCAGAUAUGCUUGCUUGUCAUAACUAUUGGCACUGGGCUUUAUACUUGAUUGAAAAGGGUGAAUAUGAGGCCGCGCUGACUAUUUACGAUAAGCACAUCCUCCCCAGCCUGCAGGCCAGUGGUGCAAUGCUGGACAUGGUGGACAGCUGCUCAAUGCUCUACCGUCUUCAGAUGGAAGGGGUAUCCGUGGGCCAGCGGUGGCAGGACGUUCUGCCCGUGACCCAGAGGCACAGCCGGGACCACAUCCUGCUGUUCAACGACGCACAUUUCCUGAUGGCCUCCUUGGGCGCCCGGGACCCCCAGACCACACGGGAGCUGCUGACCACCCUGCAGGAUGCCAGCAAAUCUCCAGGAGAAAACUGCCAGCACCUGCUGGCCCAAGAUGUGGGACUGCCUCUGUGCCAGGCCCUGGUGGCAGCUGAGGAGGGGAACCCUGACCGUGUCUUGGAACUGCUGCUACCCAUCCGCUACCGCAUUGUCCAGAUCGGGGGCAGCAAUGCCCAGAGAGACGUCUUCAACCAGUUACUGAUUCAUGCAGCCUUGAACUGCACCUCCAGAGUCCAUAAGAACGUGGCCCGGAGCCUUCUGAUGGAGCGUGAUGCCUUGAAGCCCAACUCACCUCUGACCCAGCGGCUCAUCCACAAGGCAGCCACCGUCCACCUUAUGGAGUGAGUCAGGCCUGGUGUCCUGGCCUGCACAAGCUCAGUGGUGGCUUCCCCAGCUUUAGAUGGGAUCCCCUGGGAUUAGGGUUAGGAAAUAGCUAGGGCCUCGAUCGGUUGUUAGAGGGCAGGAUUCAGCCUUAAGCAACGCCCCAGAGCCAGCAGUUCUGUAGAAAGAGAACACAAACGGAAGUGGGAUUCAGAGUGACCUUCCAGUCCUUGGUAAGGCUGCAUGUGCAGUUUUAAGCACUCAGACGCAACAUGGUGCUGCUUUCUCUACUUGCCUUGUACAUCAGAAUUUCCCAUGGGCACACUUAACACCAGCUCCUGGUUGUUCAAGGGUUGGCAGGUGGGGCUGGCCCAGCUGAGGAGGCCCAUACCUGCCCAUAUCUGGCUGCCCUUGGAAUAAAUCCUUUCCAGGAGUCUUCCUUGUAUUCAA